CGUUGUCACAUAACCUCGAUUUUAUUAUAACCUUUAAAAACAUUACUCUGAAAAGAAAAAAAUAGGUUUAGUAGAAUUUGUGCACAGAAAGUAGUGUAUUUGUUUAUUUUUUAAUUAAAAAGUAUGGCCAGAGGUAAGGUUAAGUACAGAGAUGUGGUUGGUGGCCGUUCGAAAAAAUCUAAAAAGUUUGAUAAAAAGAAAGCCAAACCGAGAAAGACUUAUAGUUUGUAUCGGCAAGACACUAAAAAGCCUAUUAGGAAGCGUAAAUUUGAAACUAGUGAUGAGGAUUACGAGAAACGACAGAAAGUUGAAAAAGAAGUCCAACCCGAGGAAGAGUCGUCAGAAAGUGAGGAGGAAGUCGAUCCAAUGAAAGAAUUGAUGUCUACUUUUGGCUCAAAGCUUCAACAUAAACAAUCACUUGCAAUAGAUAGUAGUGACGAAAGUUCAGAAGAGGAAGAUGAAGACUCUCCCGAGGCAGAUGAAGACAUUUCUAAUCAGAAUGAAGACCAUGUUAACAAGGAGGAUGAAACAUUAAUAGAAAAUGAGGACAACUUAGAUUCAGAAGAUGAGAAUGAAGUUGCAGUUGAUAGUACCCAAAAUGAGGAUAGUGAUAACUUGAAUGAUCCAUUUGUAAAACACGUUUGUUACGAAUUCGAUGAGAGUGUUUUAAAGUCAUUACAAAGUACACCGGUUUUGGUCAAAGAUUUUGUUUUAAAUUGGCCGAAUUUAGGACGCCUAUUAAUUCAGAUACCACAGUAUGAAAAAGUAAAAGAAGAAAAAAAUUCUUUUACAAUAGAAGAAAAGAAGAAAUUUGCACCACCGGGAUCAGUGCCCAAUAAAAUUAACACUUCAGAUCUUAAAAACCCCGAAAAUUUAUUUAUUAAAUCACAAAUUAUAAAUAAUUUAUCUAAAGCAAAUAAUGCACUAAAAGAGGAUGAUACAGUAUUUACAGAUUUUCAGUCUGAAUUGUUUUCAAUAAUUAACAAUUAUCAAGAUUUGUAUUUCACCCAAAGAAGUUUUAACAAUGCUGAGGAAAUCAGAUUUGUUUAUUGUCUUCAUGCUGUAAACCAUAUUCUAAAAACGAGGUUAAAAGUUGUUCACCAUAAUGUGCGAUUAUCAAAAAAGGAUGACGUUCCUGAGGAUUUUAGAGAUCAGGGAUUAGUUCGACCGAAGAUUCUUAUGGUUGUUCCAUUCAAAGACUCGGCAUUUAAAAUAAUACAAAUGAUAAUAAACAUACUAUUGCCUCAGGAUAAGGGUCACAUAAUGAAUAAAAAAAGAUUUUUAGAAGAGUACACAGGCAACGAAAUUCCAAUGCCCAAAAAGAACCCCAAACCCGAGGAUUACGAAUUAACUUUUACUGGAAACACAAGCGACGAUUUUAAGAUUGGCAUAACUGUCACAAAAAAGAGCUUAAAGCUUUUUGCCGAUUUUUACUCUUCUGAUAUUAUCAUUGCCUCGCCUCUGGGGCUGCGGACAAUAAUUGGCGCUGAAGGCGAGCCCCAACGCGAUUACGAUUUUCUCGCUUCUAUAGAACUUUUAGUUUUGGACCAAACGGAAUUAUUUUUUAUGCAAAACUGGGACCACUUUAUCCACGUCAUAAAUCACCUCCACUUGCAACCAAAAGACUCACACGGUACCGACUUUUCCCGAGUUCGUACUUGGAGUUUGAAUGGAUGGGCCCAAUAUUACAGACAAACGUUAAUAUUUUCGUCCAUAGUUUUACCCGAAAUUAAUUCAAUUUUUAAUAAGAAGUGUAAUAAUUUCGCUGGAAAAGUGAAAAUCUCAAAUCCGGUCGAGUUGGGCUCUAUUGGACAAGUCAUUGUGCAAAUACCGCAUGUAUUUCAUAAAUUUGAGGCCUCAAAUGCACAAACUGCAAUUGAAUCCAGAUUUGAGUUUUUUAUUAACAAACUUUUGCCACUACAGAGGGACAGUUUGAUGAAACAAACAAUGAUCUAUGUUCCAAGCUAUUUCGACUAUGUGCGAUUGCGGAAUUAUUUUAAAAAAGAAGAGCUUAGUUUUGUACAAAUUUGUGAAUAUUCGAAGGACGGUAAAGUGGCACGAGCUCGAGAUAUGUUUUACCACGGAGACGCCCACUUUUUAUUGUAUACCGAGAGAUUUCAUUUUUUCAAUCGCGUCAGAGUUAAAGGAAUUCGCCAUUUAGUUUUUUAUCAACCACCAACUUUUCCUCAUUUUUAUUACGAAAUGUGUAAUCUUAUGCAGGAAGCCAACAUGAAUAAAAAAAUCGGUAGUUUAUCGAAUAUGACAGUAAAUGUCGUUUAUUCAAAAUAUGAUGUUCAUCGGUUAGCGGCCAUUGUUGGGACAGAAAGGGCUACAAAAAUGCUACAGUCGGAGAGGAAUGUUCACAUGAUGGUCACCGGUGCUGAUUAAAAGACAGAAAUUAAGAUUCUAAAUGUGAUUGUUUUUUAUGUUAAUAAAAAAAUUAACAAAA